UCUACACUGUUGGGCCCAAUUUUCAGGUUUCAAUCAGUGCUCCCUACUCUCAUAGACUCGAUCUUUUAGCCUGUUUUUCCAUCAAAAUCAACCAGCUAUAUAUGCUCCAAUGACCCACAAUUCUUGCUCUCUCAAUCCCUCCUUUUUCAUGAAACUUUUCUCUGCACUUACACGCACUGAUUCUUUUGAUACCUUUUGCCAUUGUGAUUCCCUAUAAAGGAAUCGUAGCUGGGUUUGUCUAGAUCGUGCCCGGAUCUUAUUGUUUGCUGAUCUACAACUGACAUGGAGUUGAAUUUGAGAUAGUGUUUGUACAUUAACUUGUAUAUGUAGUACUCUUUGUGGGAGAGAGGAUUGCAAGUGUAGAAGGGACUAGAUUCUGAGCUAACCGCGGUUGUUUUCGAUAUAUGAUCAGUUGAGUUCACUGCAUCAUAAGUAGGAGGGUGUGCCAUCUGCAUCCUAGCAGUUGAUUGUUGGCUGCUGUUGAGUUUGCUUGAAGAAGGUUGUUUUUGGUGGCAUUAAGUGAAGUGAUGAUUAAAAAUUUCCUUAACAAGCUUCCAAAGAAACAGGGAAAGUCGGCAGAGAGUCGCGAUGGAGGGUCUUCGACUCUCUCUUCAAAUUCUGCGACUGCUUCUAGAAGCAAUUCUGUUUCAAGUGCUCGGUCAGGCAAUGUGAAUUCAGCGGGGAAUAAUUCUAAUCAGAAUUCUGGUGUGAAUCAUGGGAACAAACUGCACGACCCAUUACAUAGCAAAGCAAAUGGGAGUAGUCCGCCCGUGCCAUAUGAGGCUUUACCUAGUUUUAGAGACGUCUCGAGUGCGGAGAAGCAGAACUUGUUUAUCAGGAAACUGAGCAUGUGUUGUGUAGUAUUCGACUUCACUGACCCCACGAAGCAUUUGAAAGAGAAGGACAUCAAACGGCAGACUUUGGUGGAGCUUGUCGACUAUGUCUCUUCAGCAAAUGGGAAAUUCAGUGAUGUGGUCUUGCAAGAGAUCGUGCGAGUGGUGUCUACGAAUUUGUUCCGCACCCUCUCUACUCAGCCUCGUGAAAACAAAGUCCUGGAAGGUCUUGACGUAGAAGAAGAGGAGCCCCUAAUGGAUCCUGCGUGGCCCCAUCUACAAAUCGUGUAUGAGUUUCUCCUCAGGUUUGUGACUUCCCCAGAGACUGAUGCGAAGCUGGCAAAGCGCUACAUUGACCACGCUUUUAUUCUAAGGUUAUUGGAUCUGUUUGAUUCGGAAGAUCCGAGAGAAAGGGAGUACUUAAAGACAGUGCUGCACCGCAUAUAUGGAAAGUUCAUGGUGCAUCGUCCGUUCAUUAGAAAAACCAUAAACAAUAUAUUCUACCGUUUUAUCUUUGAAACAGAGAAGCAUAAUGGGAUUGCAGAGCUGUUAGAAAUUUUGGGAAGUAUUAUAAAUGGAUUUGCGCUGCCGUUGAAAGAAGAGCACAAACUUUUUCUUGUCCGAGCACUCAUUCCACUUCACAAGCCAAAGUGCAUACCUAUGUAUCAUCAACAGCUAACUUAUUCCAUCACACAAUUUGUAGAGAAGGACUGUAAGCUCGCAGAUACUGUUAUCCGAGGCUUGCUUAAAUAUUGGCCAAUAACAAACAGUUCAAAGGAGGUCAUGUUUUUGGGUGAGCUCGAGGAAGUGCUGGAAGCAACUCAGGCCCCAGAGUUUCAGCGCUGUAUGGUUCCUUUAUUCCGCCAAAUUGGUCGUUGCAUGAGCAGCUCUCAUUUUCAGGUUGCAGAAAGGGCUCUCUUUUUAUGGAACAAUGAUCAUAUCGAGAACCUGAUCAAGCAAAACCGCAGAGUUAUACUUCCAAUCAUCUUCCCUGCAUUGGAGAAGAAUGCACGAAACCACUGGAAUCAGGCCGUGCACAGCUUGACGCUAAAUGUCAGAAAAAUUUUCUCUGAUGUGGACCCCGAGCUAUUUGAGGAGUGCUUGCUGAAAUUCCAAGAAGACGAAGGGCGGGAUGAAGAAGACAAGGUGAAACGCGAAGCAACCUGGAGACGCCUCGAGGAGAUUGCAAUCUCUAAGGGUGCAAGCAGCGAAGCAGUGGUCGUCCCUCGCAAGGCCACACUGCCUCUAUCCGGCUAAGUCCUAUUCUCACAAAUCUACAUAGAGGAAAAUCAUGCUGCUGACUUUCUUGCAGGGAGGGGGUCCAGAUCCCUGCCUUUUCCUUCUAUGAUUUAGUCUCUACGCCUCGGUAUCUAAAGGCGCUUGUUAGGAUGGACUAGCUUGGAUAUCCUAACUUUCGCUUCCGACGUAGAGAUGUGGAUUGAUCUUGUUAUUACUUUAGCAUUUGAUAUUUUGGUUUUAGCUAUAUCACUUGGUCAUCCUAGUUUUAGUUUUUGAUAGUGUGGUUGUACCCGACCUGUGAGACCUCUAGUUUAUUGUUUCUUGUUCUA